AUGGGAUUUUCUGUCGAGGCGAGCGUCUUCGCCAGUACGCUGGGCGCUAUGUCAGCCUACCUAUGCGCUAUCGCCAAGGACGACGACCGGAAAACCAUUCUCACCUGCAUCAAGGUCCCGUGCAACGGCCGCCCACAGCAGCAGCUUAUCGUGGACGCCGGGCACAUGUCGUCGUACCUGCCCGUGAACACCGGGCAGAACGGGGCGGAGCGCGAUAUGAUUUCGAAUCCAAUCUUCAUGGACGAGGUGGCACACCUCCUGACGGAUGACCAGGGCUUGCCGAUCCUUCCGUGGAGAAACAGCAUCCUGAGCUGUACCCACGAGAAGAAGCAUGACCCGUGCGAGAUAAUGCUCUCUGGAAACCGGCACUGGCCCAACGGCAAAGGUUUCGAAAGGACCGUCCUGUUCGCUCACGCUGUCGCCCCUCGAGCUUGA